AUGGCCUCCAGCAGGUUCAAAGUCAUCUGCAUCCUGUACUUUUUCGCGGUGACCAGUGUGGUCAACAUCGCCGGUUACAUUAUUGGAUUCCACCGAAAGCCAGGAGAGAAGAUACAGGGCAUCGAAUUGGUCUACAUCAUGGAGACAUCUUUUAAUCUGAUCUCCGACGUCGCAAUGCUGCACACGCUUUAUCGGCCACCGCGCAACCUGGCCGUUCUCCUAAACCGGAUGAAGAUGUUUCUCAGCUGGAACACUGGAAGUACGAUCAUCUGCGUGGGCUCGCGCCUACUGGGGUGUCACCUCGCUUGCAGCAAGGCCAAGGUGGACCUCGAGUCGAUACCUUACAACCGCGAUACUGCCACACAUCGGAAAAUAUUGUUCAUGUCCUGUGCAUUCCAGUGCGCAAUCAUAUUCAUUUUCAAGUUUACACUACUGGGCGUGUUCUACCGCUUUUACGAAGAACUCCGGGCAAGGCCGACGCAGAAGAACGUCGUCCACCGCGUAGAGGCCGGAGACGCCGACUCUCAAGAUUUCACCCACAAGACGACUUGACCAUCACGUCGAUAUUUUUUUUCCUUUGUAUCUUUUUUUUAACACUUAA